UUUAUAUAUAUACAUAUGUAUAGAGAGAGAAAGAGAGAGAAAAUGACAUCUCGAUUUAGUGGAGCAUUACAGCUUACAAGUUUGGAUGAUUUCAUUACUCCUUCACAGGAAUGUAUAAAACCUAUAGAAAUUCAGGCAUCAAAAAGUAAAACUGGUGCAAAAAUAAAAAUUGAAGAAGAUGGAGUACCCUCAAUAUUAAAUGAAGUUGGGCAAUUUGAAAAACUACAGAAAGUUGAAAUCACGCUUGCUGAUUGUUUAGCUUGUAGCGGUUGUAUUACAUCUGCAGAGAGUGUAUUAGUCACACAACAAAGUCAAGAAGAACUGUUGAGAGUGUUCAAAGAAAAAGUAUCUGAGUGUCAGAAUGAAGAUGGUACAUGUUCUAAAUUUAUAGUAGUUAGUCUCUCUGUACAAGCAGUACUGUCUAUAGCAAAACGUUAUGAUCUUAAUCCAGAACAAGCAUUAAAUAAACUUGCUGGAUACUUCUAUCAGUUAGGAGCAGAUAUAGUUGUAGAUAUGACUAUAGCUGAUGAUUUUGCAUUAUUAGAGUCUGCUAAAGAAUUUGUAGAACGUUACAAAGCAGCUAAAGGAGGUGCAACAAAUCAGUUACCAAUGUUAUCUUCUUCUUGUCCAGGAUGGGUAUGUUAUGCUGAAAAAACUCAUGGCAAUUUUAUACUUCCAUACAUUAGUGUUACAAAGUCUCCUCAGCAAAUUAUGGGAUCAUUAGUCAAGUAUCAUUUAGCUGAAACUAAGGGUCUUUCACCAGAACAAAUAUAUCAUGUAACUCUUAUGCCUUGUUAUGAUAAAAAAUUAGAAGCAUCCAGAGAAGAUUUUUAUAAUGCAGAAAGAAAUUCUAGAGAUGUAGAUUGUGUUAUAACACCAAUUGAACUAGAACAAAUGUUGAAUGAAUAUAAUGUAACAUUGAGUGAAGUAAAUGAAAAAGAAGUUCAAAAACCUUUUGGAGUACAAACAGAAAAUUUAGAAACUAAUUUAUGCAGUCAUAGUGGUUCAGGUUCUGGUGGUUAUGCAGAUUUUAUCUUCCGUUAUGCUGCAAAAUAUCUAUUUGAUGAAACUGAUGUUAUAGUUGAAUUUAAGAAUUUAAGAAAUCCUGAUUUUCAAGAAGCAAUUUUUUACAAGAAUGAGCAGCCACUAUUAAAAUUUGCUAUUGUCAAUGGAUUUAGGAAUAUACAAAAUCUUGUACAAAAACUAAAAAGAGGGAAAUGCCCAUAUGAUUAUGUUGAAGUCAUGGCAUGUCCUUGUGGAUGUCUUAAUGGAGGAGCACAAAUUAGACCUGUAGACAAUAUUCAACCACGCGAGUUAGCAUUAAAAUUAGAAUCUAUGUAUCAUGAACUUCCUGAGAGUAAUCCUGAGAAGAACAAAGCAGUCCAAAAUUUGUACAGAAAUUGGUUGGGAGGAGAAUAUACAGAUAAGGCUUUAGCACAUUUUCAUACUCAGUAUCAUGAAAUAAAAAAGGCAGAUAUUGCUCUUGCUAUAAAAUGGUAAUUAAAAAAUAGAUUAUUGAUUAUUAAACAUUGUGAACAUUUAUUUAAACAAUAAGUUUGUUAGAAACAACUCUUUCACAAAAUUGAAACAUGUGAUUUAACAAAUAUAACGUAUAUCUUGUUAUAAAAUAAUGACCUUAUAAUUAAAUGUAUAAUGUUAAAAUGUAUAAUAAAUGUAAAAAAAUUACAUAUAUUAUAUACCAAUUACAUGUUAUCACAAUUACAUAGCAAUAUAUUGUGCUGAAUGUAUAAAAGAUUGUCUUUUACCGUUGUUAAUAUCAUUUAAUUAAAUAAUCUAAUGUGACUAGAACAGAUUCUAAGAAAGAACUAUAAUUCUUCAGAAACAUGUUAUUUUGUAUCUUUUCUUGUAAUAGUGCAAUAAUGUUUUGUACAUAGUGUUAUUACACAUCCAAAGAACAAUAGUAUAAUAUAUAUUUAUUAAAUCAAUACAUUUUGUAACACAAAUUACCGAUGUACAUUGAGUAAUACUGACAAAGCAAUGUUAAAGAAUGUAAACCACAGAAAAAUAUUGUGAAUGUAAGUUUUGUUAAAAUAAUAAAAUUAAAAUAAAAAAG